UGUUUGGAGACAGUUCAAGGUGUAAACAACUGUCUGGUUGAUUGGAGACGAGUUUGUGCUUUCCUUUUAGACAAGAGUUUCCUAGGUCUGUGUUGAUCCGGUCUCGACCACACAAUGGCUGAAGGCGGUCUCACUCCGGACUUACACCUACUGGAGUGUCCAAUCUGCCUGGAGCGACUUCAACAACCCAAGUCCUUACCCUGUCUCCACAACUUCUGUCAGGAUUGUCUCGGGACCUAUAUCACCAAGGAACUGUCCGGAAAAAUGGCGUCGGCAACAUCCUUUUCUUGUCCGAUCUGUAGGAGGAUGACGUCUCCUAUAUACCAAACAGAAAUCAAAGAUAAAUGGGCAGUACAGUUCCCGACUAAUAAUGUGAUCCAGGACCUUAUCCAGCUCAGAGAACGUUCAUCUGAACCAUUGUACUGCAAACCCUGCCAGACAAAAGGUAAGCUGAACAACCCAGCAAAAUUCUGGUGUAAAUCGAUGAACUUAAAUUUUUGCGAGGCUUGUAAGGAACAACAUCAUGAUAUCUUACAUUCUGACUGUGAUAUAGUCGAUAUCACCAUGAACGAUAACACCCGAUUUAAACCUAAAAAAUCGUCCCCUCGAUGUGACCGACACGACAAGAAAAUAGUUUGGUAUUGUGAGAACCAUCAACUUCUUGGCUGCAACGUAUGCGUUUUUAAAGACCACAGGCGUUGUGAAGAGGUUUCAACAGUGACAGACUAUUUUCUGGAGUUAAGAGCAGGAACAAAACUAGAAAAAAUGCAAGAGGCGCUGAAAAAAGGGUUUGAGGUCAUGGACUUAUUAGUUAAGGACUUUGACGGACAACUCCAGGCCAUGGUACAGAACCAAAAAAUCGCACUGCAGAGUAUCUCAGAUCUACGUGAAAAGGUGGACAAACGGUUGAACAAGCUUCAGAAGGACAUCACCGACGAGUUGAUCAUGACAUUCAAAGAAGAGAAAAGUAAUAUGGAGGAAUCAUUACGGCAGUGCGAACGCAUGAUGAAUGGUAUGCUAAAUACCCUGAAGUCGUCCAUUAAAGCUGCAGAGGGCAAACACAACAUUGAGACGAUAAGGUUGUAUCAGAGAGGACAGGCAGAAGUGGAGUCGUGCAAGACCCUGAUCACGGAGAUGAAAAAGUCUUUCACGUCCGUCAGCAUCAAACAUAAAAUUGUCCCUGGACAUGUAUCAUUAGUGAUAACGCUAUGGGAAAGAUAGUCAUCCGCAAAGAACCAC